UUCUCCCGCCGGCGUGCUCAAGGGUGUGUGUGUGUGCCCUGACUGCGACUGCUGCGAAAAUCCAGCUGCCCUUGUCUUGCAGCAGAUUUACCGUAGGGGGGGAGACGAAAAGAGGCACCACACAUUGCGAUUGAGCAACAGAGCGCGGUGAAGGUUGUUCCUGCUCGCCGCACGUCUGUGUGCACGAUGGCUGUGUCCGUGAGGCACGCGACGCUGACACUUCACAAACGCGAGCAGUGGUAUGAAGACAUUCGCCCAAGCGUUGGCGGUUCCGACUUCAACCCUCUGGCGGCUUCAGCCAACUUCUGCGCCUUCGUGGAUCAGCACGGCUUUGGUGCUGUAGUGAUGCCCCUCGCUGCGGUAGGGAAAGGCCGGCCGCAGCCAAUGCCCGCGGUUCGGGUUGGGGCGGAGGUCCGAGGACUCGAGUGGGACCCCUUCUGUCCCAACAACCUCGCUACAGGCGGCGGCGACGGUAUGGUCAAAGUAUGGAGCAUCCCGCCCGAAGGACUACAAGAAGACAUGGUCGCCCCUCUGGUUUCAAUCAACACAGCCACAGGAGGCGAUGGGAUAUCCGAUGCUCAGGCGGUCCCGAAAGGACUCGCCUUUCACCCGUGCGCCCCGGGGCUAAUCGCCAGCAGGGGGCUGCGAAAGAUCUCUCUGUGCGACCUGACCAGACCUCAGGCCCCGUGCUUGUCGGUCGGUGGAAGCGCGGCCUUUGACGGGGACACGUAUGACAUGCAGUGGAGCUACUCGGGAGACGUAGUUCUCACGACUGAUACUUCCAGGGCCCUUCAGCUCCUCGACCUUAGGGCUGGAAAUGUCGUGGCGAAGGCCCAAGACGUACACGGGCCAGGGACGAGCAGGGUCACGUGGUGCGACAACAGCGUCUACAUGCUGACAACGGGCAUGUCGAAGCUGACGCGAGAGCGGGAGUUCGCGGUGUGGGACGCGCGGUCGAUGUCCGCCCCCGUCAACCGCACGCGCGUCGGGGGCACGAGCUCAGGCUUCCUGCUGCCCCGCUUGCAGUACGGCCUCGGCCUGGUGACCCUGUGCGGAAGGGGAGACUCGACUGUCAGGAUGCUGAGCUUUGACUACGCCACCGGGAAAACUGUGGCGGUCAGCACAACAUCUGUGGGAGGAGUGGCACGAGCUUACGCCUUCGUUCCUCGAGCCAGCUGCGACGUGAUGUCGUGCGAGGUGACCCGGCUUCUCAAGCUGUGCGACGACGGAGUGCAGCCUGUGUCGAUCGUCAUCCCCCGGCGAGACAAGAAACGGUUUCACGAGGAGCUUUUCCCUCCCGCCCCAGGUGGUCGCCCUUCUUUGACGGCUCCGGACUGGCUCGCCGGCAUGAACGUGCCGCCGUACCUGGAGGUGCUACCGCCCCCGCAGCCGGCCCCGCGUGUAGAGUGGAACCGCGCCGGCUCCUCUUCUUCCACCGCUCCCGCCGCGGCUACACCACGCACGGCGACCCCUUCUGCCCCGACUCCACCGACACAAGGAAAACAAGCGACAGAAGCCCAGCCAUCACCGGCGAACGCCAGCGGUGAACCAGCAGCGGUGCUUAGCCAACCGGCCAGCGAAGGGCUAAUUGCACCAACUGCUUCUGGUGCUGGUGCUGUUGCUGUUGCUGUUGCUGACGCGACCACCACAAUGACGGAGCGUCCCCCCAACGGCGAGGGUCAACCGGCCGUAGCGUCGUCUCAGAGGGCGGGGGAGCCUGCGGCUCCGGGCGACAGACCAACUGCGGCAGGCGAGGAGGGGAGUGUCCCUGAUGCUGCAGCUGCCCCGGCGCUAGAGAGGGCAGCUUCCUCUGGACCCAACUGGCGCGGAGGAGCUCCUAAAAUCAAGCUCCGUCACGUCUACGGCGUUGAAACGAAAGGCGCGAAGCCAGUGUUCAACCUGUCGCCUUUGCUCACCUCUCUCGACGGGCCGAUCCUGGCGGCCUCUUCGUCCUUCUGGGCCGUGCCGUGGGUCGGCGGAGGUGGGACCGUGUACGUGUCCCCGCUCUCUGCUUCCGGCAAGGUGGAGCCAGACUGCGGCUUGGUGAACGGGCACAAGGCCGCGGUGCACUCCAUCGCCUUCUCCCCCUUUCAGCCUAACCUCAUGGCGACAGGGAGCGAAGACAGCACGGUAAAGCUGUGGAGCCUUCCGGAAGGCGGGCUUGCGGAGGGUAAUAUGGGCGCCGACGACGCAAUUGCCGACCUGACGUUCAACUACACGGCUGUCAGGUACGUGGAGUUCAACCCGGUGUCCGACAACGUGGUGAUGACGACAAACUCGGACCACAGCGUGCAGCUCUGCGACGUUGCCGCGGGGGGCGACACAGCGGCCUCCACUAUCGACGUACAUCCCAACACGAUCAACAGCGCCUGCUUCAACGGCGACGGGAGCUUGAUCGCCACAACUUGCAGAGAUGGCAAGAUCAGAGUCCUCGACCCCAGAGCGGGAUCAGUAGUGGCCGAGGGGCAGGGGCAUCAAGGCCGCAAGACGAUGAAGGCGGCGUGGUGCUUCGGGGGGGGUAGACGAGAGGUGCUUGCCUCCACUGGGUGUGCUGCGGCGGGGCAUCGGCAGCUCUGUUUGUGGGAUCCGCGCAAUCUGUCUUCGCCAUAUAGCACCAAGACGGUGGACAGCUCGAACGGGCUUCUGCUGCCCAUGUUCUGUGAGGCGACAGGCUUGCUGCUCUUGGCGGGAAGGGGUGGGAGUGGUAUCAAGUACUACGAGCUGAGCGACAGCGGCGGUACGUUGGCACCGUCAGCACAGUUCUGCCACGAGUACAAGGCCGAGGGAGACCCGUUGAGCGGCCUCGCGCUCCUCCCGCCCCAGUGCUUGGACGUCGCGAACGUUGAGGUUGCGCGCUUGUUGAGACUGACGUCCACCUCCGUCGAGCCGGUGUCCUUGAUGCUGCCGAGAUCGGCAGAAAUGAAGGGCUUCUUCCAGGACGGCAUUUACCGCUCGGUGCGCUCGUCAACCCCUUGUCUAACGUCGGCGGAGUGGUUAAGCGGCGGAACCCCCUCAGUUUCUGAAGGCGGAGGUCUACGCUCACUUCGCCCAGAAGGCAUGCAACCGCUGUCGGAACGGCCUUUACCUUCCGAUGUGGCGGUGCCCAAGGCCGUCAUUUUCAGGCAACAGAUGGAACAGAGAGAACAGGAAGAGAAGCACGCGGCAGAUACCAUGGCAAAGAUGACAACCCUCGCAAACCAGAACGCCGAGUACAACCCGAACCUCAGCGUGGCCAUGGGCGUGGAUCAAGCCACCAUCCUUGAUUCGGGCUCUGAAGGGGAAUGGUCGGACUGACCUUUAUGGGCUCUAGAACCAGACAUAUCUCGAAGUUAGACAAACGGGUGAAUCACUUGUCGCUCCGUUUUCGUAUAAUGUCCUCACCAGCCGUUGACUUUUGGAAAACAUAGCUAUGCCUGUCAGCGGGCUCAACGGGGAAGGGCGUCGGGCAAGGUGGAUCCCACCGUGCGAAAUUUUGAGAACGGCCAGUACCCAUGGGUACAGCUAAAUCCCGUCCAUCAUUAACUGCUUGGAGGGGGCCAUCGCAUAGUACGAUUGCUGGUUUCUCUCCUACUUCGUACGACCAUGGCAUUGCAGUGUUUGGUACUACGAAUCGUUGCGCACCUACUGCACCGUCCGUGGACGUGAUUGAUUGCACUUAACCGCCUCCAACGAAUCACUCGGAGCGAAACACCGAUGUCCCUCCGAGCACGACCAUGACAUUGCACAAUGCUAGCACACACGCAACAUCCACGCACAAACCUCGGUCAUUAACAAAGAUUCUCGAUGACCCCCCGUACAAACCUACGUUCUCGCCCGAUCAUUGCAUGGCACAAUGCUGGCACUGGCACACACGCAACAGGCACAACAUUGUUGACUUCCACGCACUAACCUUGGCCAUCGACAAAGAAUCUCGCCGUUACGCCAAUAAAGUAGUAGGCAACAGGCACAGGGCAGCCAGCGAAGAAACGUCCAUUUUCGAAUCUCUCUCAAGUUUGGCACCAAAAACUCCCUAAACUAAAAACCGCAUGACGUGCCCUACUAUUUAAACUGUAUUCUCGCCAAAUCGCACUCAGAUUCUGCUGGUGGCAAUCAUCACAGUGGCAGACCAACAAAGGAACCACUCGCAUAUUGGCCUUUUGAGUAGAUGCUGCCUUUCCACGCUUUUCACAUCGUGGGACGGCGCAAUGCUAUUCAGUCCCCGCCUCUCCCA